UGGCCAGGCCUCCUCCCUUGGUCUCAGGUACCUGAAGGACACGUCGACUAUGGGGUCUUCCUUCCAGCCCGUCAUCGCUGUCAUCCUCCUCGCCGUGCUGUCCUCCGUGCUCGCCGUUCCGACGUCGACGUUGCCAGUGCCACAACGUCGACAGGAGAACAUCACCCCUUUAGCGCGAACACAGGUCUCGUCCUUCAAGCCAUAUACCAAUUAUGCAAGUACAGCGUACUGCGAACCGGCAAACACUCUGGCCUGGAACUGCGGGCCGAAUUGUCAGGCCAACCCUUCCUUCAUCCCCAUCGCUUCUGGCGGAGAUGGGGUGGUGACCCAAUUCUGGUUCGUGGGCUAUGAUCCUACUUUGAACGAGAUCAUUGUCUCUCAUCAGGGAACCGACGUGUCAAAGAUCGUCCCGGCCUUGACUGAUGCCCUUACGCUCCUGGGACCUCUUGAUUUGUCCUUAUUUCCAGGAAUGACACUACCCAUCCAGGUUCACACAGGCUUUGCUGCGACCCACGCAAGUUCGGCGCCGCAGGUACUGGCGGCUGUCCAAGAAGGGAUGGACACGUACGGGGCCACCAGGGUCACGACCACGGGACAUUCUCUCGGUGCUGCGAUCGCCCUCCUAGACGCUGUGUUCCUUCCACUACACCUUCCGAAUGGGACAGUGAUGCGCUUCGUUGGGUAUGGCACACCUCGUGUAGGCGAUCAGGACUUCGCGAACUACGUAGACGCACAGAACCUGACGGUCACGCACAUCAACAACAAGGACGACCCUGUGCCCAUCUUGCCUCUCAUCUUGCUCGGCUUCCACCAUCCACAGGGCGAGGUCCGCAUCGAAAGCAACGGAGUGUGGAACACUUGUCCUGGUCAGGACAACCCGAGCACUGAAUGUAGCACCGGCUCUGUAAAUCUGAUUUUCAACAACGAAUUCGACCACGACGGCCCAUACGACGGCGUGACGAUGGGAUGCUCAUCCGGCGGGGCAACUGGAACUGCACCCACGGGCAUCUUGGGGCUACCAAUCCCCAUCAUUGCGGAGUAG